AUGGCUGGUGUGUUUUUAGACGAAGCAGCAUCAAUAGAGGAUCCAUUGCUGUUUGGAGAAAAACAACAAAAUUACGAGGACAUACAAGAUUUAGAAGAGCUACCAGUUUUCGAACAAACAGCAUCAAAUGUUUCGACUUUUGUUGGUCAGACUGUUUAUUUACCUUGCAGAGUCAGAAACCUGGGUGACAAAGUCGUAUCAUGGAUGCGUAGUAGGGAUCUCCACAUACUGACCUCGAGUGAAAUAACAUUUAGUUCAGACUCAAGAUUUUCACCAGAACAUAUGCCUGGUAGUGAUGCAUGGACAUUGAAACUCGAGGAUUCAAAAAAAUCUGAUUCUGGCAAUUACGAGUGUCAGGUCAAUACCGAGCCAAAGAUUAUGUACACAGUACGUCUUUUAGUUCGAGAUCCUGACAUGCCAGAUGGAUAUGAUACACCGCAUUCCCAACAGACAAAAAUCAGUUAUGAAAGUACAGCACCAGUAGCAGCAAUAAUGGGACCUAGAGAGCAACGUGUCCCAUCAGGUUCAACGAUAACCCUUAGAUGUGUCAUAACAUCACCAUAUCAAACCCGCCCUAUCAGAGGUGUACAAUGGCUUCGAGAUAACAAACUCCUGACAUUCCAGGCAGGUAGAGGUGGUAUAAUCAUAGAAACAGAAAGAGAUGCGGGUCGAACGAUAUCAGAAGCAACAUUGGCUUCAGUAACAAAGGAUGAUAUUGGCAAAUAUACUUGUCGGCCAACUGAGGGACGUGCCGAUACAGUUGCCCUCAUUGUAAAUCUUGGUAAAUACAAGUCAUAA